AAACAUCAACACUUCACAAUCUAAAACUCAUGAGUCGGAGAAAAUAUCGACUGGAGAAGCUAAACGAUCGCCUCGGGCUAGGAUUAUCUCCACAUCUAAUGCAUCGUCUAAAGAAACUCAUAACUCUUCUACAAAAUGGGGAGGAUCAGGCUUCGAGAACAGUGGCUUUGCUGGUUCAAGAUCUUUUGGUUCUUCGAGAUCUCGCAUGAACGCAUCUUACGCAACUGGCAGGAUUAUGGGAAACCGAGGACGUGCAGGGCGUAUCAGCGGAGGACGAAAUGUGCGAAACUCCUCGGCUCGUGGAAUAUCCGACAAUUUCAAUCGACCUCGUUUUGGAAGUAGUAAUAGACGUUCUACCGGUCGUCGUCGAGAAGAAGAGAGUCGACGUAGCAGUCAUCGCCAUAAGCCAAAUGAUGUUCGUAACUCGUCACGACGAAGUCCGGCAAAUAGUAAAAAUAAUAAUGAUUCAAAAGACAAAGAAGAUCUCAUACGUUUUAUGCGUCGCAAAGAAGAAGAACAUCGUAAAAAAGAAGAGGAAUUAGUUAUGGAACGUGAGCGUGAAAGAAUUCGUUAUGAGCGUGAAAAAUUGGAGCGUGAUAAGCUUGAACUUGAGACUUUAAGACUUCAGGCGCAGCUAGCUCAGGCAACACAGUUACAAUUUGCUGCAGUUGCAGGUUUACCACAAGGAGGUGCUGCUGCUGUUUCGGUUCCUCUUAUAACUGGAACAGGAGAUUCUUCUACAUCAGCUCUCCAUAAUCAACACUUUGGAGGUGGUGGAUUUAAUCAUCGACGUGAGAGAGAGGGUGCUAUGCCAACAGCUUUCUCUUCAGAACGACGAAGUAUUGAUAUGUCGGCUAAAAGUGAGAUGAGCCGAAGCAAAUCACGAACUUCUAAACAAAAUGAUAGGGAUGAACGUUCUGACAGAUUUCGUCAUUCCUCACGAAGUGCGCGUGGCCCUGAGUCAACUCGUUCAUCACGUUAUCGCAACAAGAGUCGAAGUCGUUCACCUUUACGACGUUCAGGAACCUCUCGUCACGAUAGUCUAAACAAGGAACAUCAUACAGGUGGUGCACUUUAUCAAGGUGACAAUGAACGUGAACGUCCAGCAGCCAUCUACUCUGGUUCCCGAAAUAUUCCUAUGCAAGUGGGCAGAAACAAUAGUCCUCAUUCGAAGCGUGUUGAUGGGGGGCGAUCUUCUGAAUUUGGUUAGGAUUUUUGUUUAACUUUUUAAAUAAAAAUUUUUCUUUUUUAUAUUAUGAUAAUAA